AUGGCUCAAUCUUUGUCCACUUUGUGGUGGACAAGAUAUAACUUGUUUCGUGACAUUCUUGUGGCCAUUUUAAAAAACCCGUCACUUCUCAAGUCUACCAUUCAAACACAUAUUCCCUGCAAUACCCGUAGGAGAUACCGCAAUUCACUGAUCCUCUCUUUGAUUCUGAUAUCUGGAGGAAUUUAUACUAUGGCUUACUACAGACGACGGCGGAGAGCCGGGCUCUCCGGGAAACAGCAACAAGAAGAACUUGAAAAACCAGGAAGCGGCAGUAGUGACGAACAAGACGAAAUAUCAAAGAACCACCAUCGUCGGCGGUCAUCAUUUUUCCCAUUUAAAGACACAUUUACCGAUCAGUAUGAAAUAAUGGUACCUUACAAAAACGGCCAAACCAAGGUGGUGAUUACCCCCACGCGAAUGACGACUUUCCAAGCCCACCGUCGGUUGUUUUUCGACCCUGUGGCCAACAGUUUAAAAAUCUCUACGGGGGUAAACCGUAAGUUUUUCCGCCAGUUUCUAGCCAUUUGGUCCAUCAUUGUUCCACGUGUCAAUAGCAAGUCAUCUGUUCUUUUGAUGGUGCAUACUUUUUUCUUGUUUCUCCGAACGUGGCUAUCGCUGGUCGUGGCCAAAUUGGACGGACAAAUUGUGCGCGACUUAAUUGCUGCCAACGGACGAGGCUUUGCACGCGGGCUCGUGUACUGGUUGCUGAUUGCUAUUCCAGCAUCGUACACCAAUGCCAUGAUUAAAUUCUUGCAAGCAAAAAUCUCGAUAGAUUUUCGCACGCGGCUAGUACGGUAUAUACACGACAUUUACUUGGACGACAACCUAGGGUUUUACAAGGUGAACAAUAUUGAUGGAGGAGUCCAAGGAGUGGACCAGUAUAUUACUGCGGACUUAACCAAGUUUUGUGAUUCUGCAGCUUCGCUAUACUCGAGCCUAGGUAAACCAUCUGUUGAUUUUUUCAUAUUUUCAUAUCAACUUAGUCGAAAUCUUGGUCCGUUGGCUAUUUUUGGCAUUUUUGGCAACUACUUUACUACAGCAUGGUUGCUCAAGUCUAUGGCACCACCAUUUGGCAAGCUUACAGCAGUGGAGGCCAAGCUAGAAGGCGAGUAUCGCAACGCACACUCACGAAUUAUUACAAAUGCAGAGGAAAUUGCCUUUUACGAUGGCACAGAACUUGAACGGUCAAUUUUGAUCAAAACAUACUCGCGACUUGUGGCCCAUAUCCGGGCCAUUUUACGCAUCAAGGUGUCAUAUAAUAUGUUUGAGGACUUUGUUCUCAAGUAUUCGUGGUCAGCCAUUGGAUAUUUGUUUGCGUCACUGCCUGUGUUUAUGCCCAAUUGGAGUGGACAGUCAGUAAUUGAUGAGAGUAGGCUGGUAAAUACACCUUCCCAGGCCGUGACUGCUAAUGUGUCGGCCACAAUUGCAACAGCAGCUGCUUCUCAAGGGAACAGUGGUCGUGAAAAGGACCGAAUGAGACAGUUUAUUACCAAUAAGCGGCUGAUGUUGUCACUUGCCGAUGCAGGUGGACGAAUGAUGUACUCCAUUAAGGAUCUUGCGGAGCUUGCUGGAUAUACAUCUCGAGUAUUUACCUUGUUGGCAACUUUACAUCGGGUACAGGCUAAGGCAUAUGGAAAGAGUGCCAAAGACAAGACUACUGGUAAGAAUACCCGACACCGGGUUGCUUUGUAUAGUCUAGAGGAUGUUAGAGGAACGAUGCAAGAGGGAUACAAUGGAGUAAGAUUUGAACAUACGCCGAUUGUAGUUCCUGGGCUUGGGAGAGACUUGUCUCCUGGAGAGUUGCUUGUACAGGAUCUUAACAUUGUGAUUAAUCCUGGUGAACAUUUACUCAUUUCUGGGCCCAAUGGAUCUGGUAAAUCAGCGGUUGCACGGGUACUGGGUGGUCUGUGGCCGGUGUUUCGUGGACUUGUUUCAAAGCCAGUAGCUGCUGAUAUUGCAUUUAUCCCUCAACGACCAUAUUUAACUGUGGGGACGUUGCGGGAACAAGUGAGUUAUCCUUAUACGUCUGCAGAUCUUGAGGAAAUGGGAGUUACAGAUGCGCAUUUGGAAAAGAUUUUAGAAGAAGUGAAGCUAGAAUACUUGGUAUCUCGUGAGGGAGGAUGGGACGUUCAUAAGCCAUGGAAAGAUGUGUUUAGUGGUGGUGAAAAGCAGCGAGUGAUGUUUGCACGAGUGUUAUUGAAGCAGCCCAAGUUUGCAGUGAUUGACGAGGGUACAUCUGCGGUAUCAUCUGAUGUGGAAGGAAUUUUAUAUGAGACUUGUCAGCGAGCUGGGAUCACACUGAUUACGAUUUCUCAUCGGCCAUCGUUGUUACGGUAUCAUGGUGCUCAGUUACGAUUAGGACUUGGAGAGAAUGGAGAUGAGUGGGAGUUGGAGAAAACUAACACUGAGGCAGCACGACUUUCGGUUGAACGGGAGAUUGCAGAAUUGGAGAGUAAGCUUGGACGGGUGGAAGAAUGGAAGGCUCGUCGGCAAGAGAUUAUAAAUGAGCUUUCUGGUAAAUAG